AUGCUUGACGACAUUUUCGAGCUUCUCUUCAGACAACAAAACAUGCAAUUUCAGAAUAAAGCUAAUCACCGAUCCCAAUUCCCAUCAUCUUUGUUUUCCAUGCCUAAAAUUAGUGAUGUCAAUUUUACCAGAAGAUCUUUCCCCGCAUUUAAUGUCGAUGACGUUUAG